AUGGAGGAGGAGGAGGAUGGUGGGGAGGGCCCAGCCCUCCGGGGGACUGAAGAGUGGGGCCUGGGGCCUGACGCCCCUGCAGCCGCUGGGCCCCUGUGGACUGCCGUGUUUGACUACGAGGCUGCCGGAGAGGAGGAGCUGACCCUCCGGAGGGGGGACCAGGUGCGGGUGCUGUCCCAGGACUGGGCUGUGUCUGGUGAUGAGGGCUGGUGGACUGGCCAGCUGCCUGGUGGGCGCGUGGGUGUCUUCCCCAGCAACUACGUGGUGGCUCCCGGGGUGCCAGCUCCUGCUCCCACGGGCCUCCCUCUGCCCCUCGAGAUCCCCUUUGGUGAACUACAGCUAGAAGAAAUCAUUGGCGUCGGGGGCUUCGGGAAAGUCUACAGGGCCAGGUGGCACGGUGAGGAGGUCGCUGUGAAGGCUGCCAGGCUUGACCCGGAGAGGGACCCGGCAGCCACAGCAGAGCAGGUGGCCAGGGAGGCCCGGCUCUUUGGUGCCUUGUGCCAUCCUAACAUCAUCGCCCUGCGAGGUGCCUGCUUGAGACCACCCCAUCUCUGCUUGGUCAUGGAGUAUGCCCGAGGAGGGCCGCUGAGCCGAGCCCUGGCCGGUCGCCGGGUACCCCCUCACGUGCUGGUCAAUUGGGCCGUCCAGGUGGCUCGGGGCAUGGCUUACCUGCACAGCGGGGCCCCCGUGCCCAUCAUCCACAGAGAUCUCAAGUCCAUCAACAUUCUCAUCUUGGAUGCAUUUGAGAACGGCGACCUGUCGGACACCGUCCUCAAGAUCACGGACUUCGGCCUGGCCCGUGAGUGGCACAAGACAACCAAGAUGAGCGCAGCCGGGACGUACGCCUGGAUGGCCCCCGAGGUCAUCCGCCUGUCCCUCUUCUCCAAGAGCAGCGAUGUCUGGAGCUUUGGGGUUCUGCUCUGGGAGCUGCUGACAGGAGAAGUGCCCUAUCGGGAGAUUGAUGCACUGGCCGUAGCCUACGGGGUGGCCAUGAACAAGCUGAUGCUGCCCAUCCCAUCGACCUGCCCUGAGCCCUUUGUGCGCCUUCUGGAGGGCUUCCGCCCAACUCCCACGCCACUUCCUGAAGAGAUCUUUGGUUUCCAGGGACUUCCCCAUCCCGGGAGUUACACGGGGAGUCAUUCCUCUGCUCCAGGCUUCGAGCACAAGAUCACCGUCCAAGCCUCCCCCACAACACUGGACAAGCGGAAAGGGCUGGGACCUGAAGGAGUCAGCCCCCCUGCCAGCCCCAGCAUCAUCCCUCGGCUCCGGGCCAUCCGCUUGACGCCCAUAGAGAGCACCAGCGGGGGCAGCGGCGCUGGCGGCGGGACGUGGGGCCGGAGCGGGGCCCUGAAGAAGGAAGAACUGGUCACUGGGAAGAAGAAGGGCAGGACGUGGGGUCCCAGCUCAACCCUGCAGAAAGAGCGGGUUGGCGGAGAAGAGCGGCUGAAGGCCCUAGGUGAGGGGUGCAAGCAGUGGUCGUCCAGUGCCCCUAACCUGGGCAAGUCUCCCAAGCACAUGCCCAUGGCCCCUGGCUUCUCCAGCCUCACAGAGAUGGAAGAGUUUGCUGAAGCUGAUGGGACCAGUGUGCCCCCUUCCCCAUAUACUCCCCCAUCCUACCUCACCUUACCUCUGCCCCCUGAGGCCCCCACAAGCCCUUGGGAGACUCCUCCCCCUGCAGCAGGCCCCCCAGGCCGGGGUGGGGCCCCCCGAAAGCGCAGCGAGCUGGCGCUGCUGAGAUGUGCCACCAUCCUGGGGGCUGUGGCCUUGGGCAGUGACGUGGCGGAGGCCCAAGUGGCUGAUGGAGACGACGAGCCUCGAUGGUGGAGGGACGGCCUCUUCCCCCGGACUGCGCGUUUCCCUCGGGGUCCCAGCCCGCCUGGGCGGAGGGCCCGUUGCCAUGUGGCAGGGGCAGGAGAAGAGGCUACCCUGCCCCCUCCCCCCAGCCUGGUGCCCUCAGCCACCAUUCUCUCGCUGUCCUCCCUCUCUGACUGUAACUCCACUCGAUCCCUGAUUCGCUCAGACAGUGACGAGGGGACCCCAGCCGUGGCCCUCGGAACCUCUCCACCAAGCACACCUGCCAUCAACCCCCUGGUGGACCUGGAGGUGGAAAGCUUCAAGAAGGACCCUCGCCAGUCACUGACCCCCACCCACGUCACAGCCGCCCGGGCCGUGAGCCGAGGGCACCGCCGCACCCCGUCAGACGGGGCCCUUAGACAGCUGGUCCAGAACCACCAACGACCAGGACCAGAGGGCCCCAGGGACCCCCUGGACUUCCCCCGCCUGCCUGACCCCCAGACGUUGUUCCCUCCUCGCCGUAGGCCUCCUCCAGAGCCACCUGGCCGGCCCACCACUCUGACCUUUGCCCCUCGGCCAAGACCAGCCGCCAGCCGUCCCAGGCUGGACCCUUGGAAACUGGUCUCCUUCAACAGGACCUUCAGCGGCUCCUCCCCUCCCGCCCCCGGGACACCAGGCACCCCGGGGCCCCAGCCCAGCCUGCUUGACAUGGACACAGAAGGGCAGAGCCAAGACAGCACCGUGCCCCUGUGCGGGGUGGUGCCCGCCUUCUCUGACCCUGAAGCUGAUGUCUCCCAUUGAAUGUACAGCCCUGGCCUGCGGGCAGCGCCCCCAUGGGGCAGAGAGAGCCCCAGCCAGGGACUGAUGCCAUGUAUUU